AUGGCCAGUUUGAACCAUAAGAUCCUCCGUACGGCGAACGCGCCUACCGCCUCUCCCAGCGAGGUCGAGACUCUUGUGUGCCAGGCCCUUAUCGACCUCGAGAACCACGUCCCUGACCUCAAGGUCGAGCUCCGCCCUCUGCAGGUGAGCACCGUGAAGGAGGUCGACGUUAAGGGCGGCAAGAAGGCGUACGUCGUUUUUGUGCCCGUGCCCCAGCUUAAGGCUUUCCACAAGAUUCAGCAGCGGCUAACCCGCGAGCUCGAGAAGAAGUUUUCGGACCACCACGUGGUGUUUGUUGGCCAGCGCCGCAUUUUGCCCAAGCCCUCUGCGCACAGCCGUGCGAAACAGCCGCGCCCUCGUAGCCGCACGCUCACUGCAGUCCAGGACGGCAUCCUUGACGACCUUGUGUACCCCACAGAGAUCACCGGCAGGCGCACGCGCGUGGCUACCGACGGCAGCAAGCUCAUGCGCUGCUUCCUGGACCCGAAAGAUGCCAUCAGUGUCGAGUACAAGCUCGACACCUUCUCGAGCAUCUACCGCAAGCUCACCGGCAAGGACGUCGUUUUCUCUAUCUAA